AUGGCCUCCCCAAAACCUGCAACAGUAGACAGUGGUUACAUCACCGAGCCCAGUCCACUGGAGAAUACCUAUACUUCAGAUCCCAGCCUCGAACGGACACUGGCAUGGUAUCUACCAUCUGCCACAUUGCAAUCUGUACAACCGCAUCUUGUCCAGCUCGGUGCCGAGGCUAUCUCGGAGCGGGUCCGUGAAUGGAGUGGCGAUGCUGAACGUAAUGUGCCAUAUGUGAAGAGCCAUAAUGUUUGGGGUAAACGAUAUGACUAUGAUCGACUGGUUACUACUGAGGGUUGGAAGCAAUUGGGAAAAUGGGGUGCUCGGAAUAAAAUUGUCUCAUCAGGCUACGAUAAAAGCCUGGGAGUGCACAGACGGACGGUCCAAUAUGCAUUGAACUACCUGUACUCGCCUUCCUCUGGUCUCUAUUCUUGUCCGAUUAGUAUGACCGAUGGUGCCGCUUUUAUUCUCUCACCAAGACUCAAGCAGCUCCCAUCCACACAUCCUUUCCACGUUGCGUUCCAGAACUUGAUCUCCGAAAAGGAUGAUCACUGGACCUCAGGCCAAUGGAUGACCGAAAGGGCUGGUGGCAGUGAUGUCCAAAAUACCGAAACCUGGGCUACAUACUCACCAUUGACGACUCCCUCGGGUUCAGAUCCGCUGGGUGAUGGCGACUACCUCAUCAAUGGAUUCAAGUUCUUCUCCUCGGCAACGGAUGCACACGUUACUCUUUUGCUUGCAAAGACAGCAUCCGGAAAGCUCAGCACGUUCCUUGCACCUCUGCGACGAACCGUAGUGGGACCUGACGGUGUAUCUAGAGUUGUAUCCAACGGUGUCAGAAUCCACCGUCUGAAGAACAAACUCGGCACCAAGGAACUGCCAACAGCCGAAUUGGAAUUGAAGGAUAUGCGCGCGCAUCUUGUUGGUGAGCUGGACCAGGGUAUUGUGACGAUCGCGCCUUUGCUCAAUGUCACACGCCUCCAUACCUUCAUUGGUUCUCUAGCUGGCUGGCGUCGAGCCAUCAGCAUCACCAAGAGCUUUGCGAAAGCAAGAACUACCGUUGGUGAGCCCCUCUGGUUGAUCCCAAUGCACUUGCGACUCCUCGCAGACAUGGAAGUGAGACACCGUGGUGCGAUGAACCUUGCAUGGUUCGGGGUUGCGUUGUUCGGGCUGGUUGAGGAUAAAGCAACCCCAUCCAGUAAUCUUCCACACCUUCCUCAGCCCGGAAAGGAAGCCGAAGUAGUAUUCCGGACUUUGACUGCCAGUGCCAAAGCAGUCAUUAGUAAAAUGGCUACCUUGGGAGUCCAAGAAUGUCAGGAGUCUAUGGGCGGAGUCGGCUAUAUGGACGAGGCAGAUGAGCCUGAGUUCAACGUUUCUCGCAUCCUGCGCAAUACACUCGUCAACUCUAUCUGGGAGGGUACUACCAACGUGCUAGCUAGCGAAUUCGUCCGCUAUCUUCUAAGGAAGGACAGUCUGAAGGUGUUUGGAACAUGGCUGGAGCGAACUUUGGGCUUGAUUCAUGACGCGAAAAUGCGGAAUGUAUUGACCAAAGCAUGGUCGACUCUGCGUGCCCGUUUCACGGCUCAAGAUCCCGCCGAGACUGUUGCUGAUGGUCGUCGCUUUAUGUUUACUUUGGUUUGGAUUUUGUCGGGCGUUCUGCUAGCCCUUGAUGCUGAACGUGACCAUGAGCCCGUGACAACUGAAAUUGCGCGUCGCUGGGUGCUGACUGCUGAAGGUGGCGUUGGAGACCAGGUCUUCCGUGACAUUGUUGCAGUUAGUGACGGUGCUGGUGCUACCUCAGGAGGAGAGGACCAUCUGCAAUGGGACUGCCGUAUUGCCUGGGGAGUUGAUCUGCCAGCAACUCGGGCAUCUGGUCACCGGUCCUUGCAGAAGGCCAGUUCGAAGCUUUGA